AUGGAUAAACAAAAAUUAAAACCCAUUAAUGGGGUACAAAAGGGAAUGUUGUUGGAUUUUGUAAAAAAUCAUCCCAAUUUAGCCAGCCAAAAAUUUGGGAAAGAUUUUAGUUUUAAAAAAGCUCAAAUGCUUUGGGAAGAACUGGCAACCUCCCUUAAUAGUGUAGCGGGCGGCUCAAAAAAGACGUGGAUGCAAUGGCGUAAGACAUGGACUGACCUAAAAAAAAACACAAAAAACAAAGCUGCAAACAUCAAUAAAUACCAGCAAGGAACUGGAGGAGGGCCACCAAUGCCGGAAGACAAACAAAUGACCAAUAUCGAGAAAGAUAUAUUGGAGAUCAUUGGCACUGUGAUGCAGAGUGGUAUAAAAAAUGUUUCAGAAACCCCUCUCGUAUUUGAUUUUGACAAUAAUAAUGAUGAAGCAGAAGAAAUACUUCAAAUAAAUAAUCUUCCUGAGACCCAUAGCCCCAACCCAUCAAGGAUAGUGACAGUGGUGGAAAUUCAUGAUCAAUUCCAACAAAUUACUGAGGAAGUCCCCUUGGAACUUUCCAAUGCACCUCCCAUUAAAGUAAGGGAAACUCCCGCCGGAAUAAAUGAUAUUGAAAUCAUGACUCCCUCAGAGACUCCCUCCGAGACUCCCUCUCAAACCCCCUCAACCGAGCCCUACACAUCCAAUAGAAAUAUAAACAAAGAGAAUGAUAAUCCGAAAAAAUAUUUUCAUAUGCCAAAGCUCCAUUCAUCACCAGAGAAAAAAAAGCCCAUUGCAACAAGGCGUUUUGAGAAAUCUGAAGAGGCUAGUGGUAACCUGGUGAAGUCAAUGGAUCAAAGAACUGAUAUGAUGAACCAGUAUUAUGAAAAAAAAAUUCAAAAUUUGGAAAUAUACAGAAAAAAAAAAUUAGAUAUGGAAGGAGAAAAAAUAAAAGUAUUUCAGGAAAUACUGGUUGAAGUUAGGGAGAUGAAAGCGGCUUUCUUGGAGGGAGUUAGAGACAAUGCAGUUUGAUAAUGUUAGAUAUUAGUUGUUUUUUAGUCUGUAGUUGUUAAUAACCCAUUGUACAUAUUUAUUCCUAUAACAUAAUUAUUUGAUUAGCCAUAUACAGGGUGGGUUACUAAGCACGCAGUGGUCCAUAUAUCCUAUACUAACGGAGAUCAAAGAAAAACCUAAUAGAAAACUUGUAGAUAAACAUGAGAACUACAUUCCUAAAUUAUACUCCUCGACAAAAUUAUCGCACCACUGCACAUAAGCACCACC